CUUUGGUUGUUGUUGUGUAUGUUAUUUAUUGGUUUAUUUAAUUUUUACGUGAGUUAUUAAUAACUUGUCCUUUUUCUUAACAAAACAUGGAUUCCACAACCAAUACUGAGAACUUCAACAUAGAUUUAAAGACGUCCCAAGAGAACAUUCUGCUGGAAAUUAUUAAAGAAGUCUGCAGUGACCCCAAUAGCAAGAUUUCAUCAAAACUAAUUGGCAAAGUUAAUAGGAUUAUUGCGGACUGUGAUUUAUCUCAUUAUUCUAGUUUACACAAGCUAAGCACAGUCGAUGAAAGCACAUCUACUUUACUGGGUCUCAUGAACCAAACAACAAGAGAGCUGAGCUAUGACGAGCAAUCAGAGCUGAUGCAGGCAAUAUCAGCCAAGAUCCAGGGCAAGCUUCCGGCAUACAUCGCAGAGCUUGAGCAGCUGAAGCGAACAAGCCUCUCCAGCAAAGAUGCCCGCAAACAGAAGAUCCAGGAGCUUCAGGAGAGCUUGGACGAAAAGGUCAACACUUUGCAGGAACAGGAAUCUGAGAAAGUGGAGCUGAUGAUGGAGUGGCUUAAUCACCGGCUGCAUGAUGCCACCAAGUUCAGUGAGUCCUCCACAGAGCUUCUCACCCUCAAGACCAGGAGUUUGGAGCUCAAGUCCAAAAUAUUGCACCUUCAGAUCCUGCAGAACAUCUUCACGGAGACAAGUCAGUCGAUCAGGGCGUAUAGCGAACUACACAAGGACUUGAAAGACAACGUCAAAGACGCGGAGACCAGGAUCAAGAAGUAUAGAGAAAUAAUUGACAGUGAUUUCAAAAUGGGUGCUAAUAAAUAGUUAGUAUUA